AUGGAGUAUGACACUCCGUCCUAUUACAUUCAUCCGUUCUGUUAUAUUCAUGAAACGAAUGCUUUCAAAGCUUUCAAAGCAUGUGCCCGAAUUGAAUGGAGCCCCAAUGUGUAUAUAACCCUUGUGAGGGGAAUUCCAGGCACUAGGAGGCUUCACCGCCGCACUUUAGAGGCAUUGUGUCUCCGCAAAUGCAAUCGCACUGUCAUGCGCUGGAACAUGCCCACUUUUAGGGGAAUGCUACACUGAGUGAAAAGAUUGGUUGUAGUUGAGACAAAAGAGAUGUAUAAGGCUCGCAAACAGAAAGAGGCAAACCAUCGAGCGUUGUGUCCCCCAUUGGUUGUAAAUCAUCUCCCGGGUCUUGCAACUGAUUCUUCUUAG